AUGGAUCCCGAUCCACCAGAUUGCUCCACCACGCCCACUCCGCCACCUCCACCUCACUCCACCAUGCCCGAUCCUCCAGUUCCACCACGCAAUCCUUCUCCUCCACGCCACACAAAAGAUUCGAAACAGACGCCUAUCCAACCUCACAUGGAGCUUGUGAGGUCCCUGGAGGCGCUUCAGCUCUCGUCAUGUGCGGCGCGGAGCUCCACUCAUCAGGAUGAAGAACAGGUGGCCACACCGUACAACCUGCUGCUGAAGGUGGCGAACCCCCAGGGGACCGCAAGGGAGAUCCCAAUCCACGCAGCCAGGCUUGAACUCCAAACAGCCUGGGGCGAUAGCUACAAAGCAGUCAGCGAGCAUCUGUUCCCUGUACACACGCCCAACGUUCCAGUUCAGGUUCAAGAUGGCCGUGAUGGUACAGCUCGGCUUGCAGCUCACGACAAUCCUCCUCGACGUCUUCCCCAGACUUCUGAACAGGCUCCGGCGCCGGCCUCAAGGGCGCCAGGGGCGCCAUGA